AUGGUUAUUUCUGUCACUGUGUUGGGAAGAAACAGAAGUUUAAAGGUUCAAGGAAAGAUCGGCCACGGGUGUUGCGCUUUUCUUUUGGACACCGGGGCAUCUCGGUCGAUAAUUAGACCCGAUUAUAUUGGAGAUCAGGAAAUAACAGAAGCAAACAGUUAUACACUGAAAACAGCCAGUGGCGAACUAAUACCAGUGUUGGGGCAGGUCAAACUUAACUUUGAAAUUCAAACCCAACCAUUCUGUCAUGAGUUCCUGAUCGCAAACGUGACUGACGAGUGUAUCCUCGGCUUGGAUUUUAUGCAAGCAUUCGGGCUGUCUUUAAACAUGGUUAAUGGCACUUUACAAUAUGCUAACAUGGAGAUUCCACUACUUGAGGAGGAUAAGGGAUACGGUCAAGCGAGAAGAAUUUUGUUGGUAGAAGAUACGACCAUACCAGCACAAUCGGAAUGUAUAUUAUGGGGAAAGGUUGAAGGACAUUGCAAAACCAUUAGUACAAAACUCGUAGAAACAGCGAGAGGAACAGAAAAUAGUCUGGCUGUAGGAAAGACGUUGGUGGUCAGUGUUGGUGAUAGAAAGGUCCCAGUGAGAGUCAUGAAUCUUUACUCGCAGGAAAAUAAGUUACGAGCGGGCAGUGUCAUAGCGGACUGUUACCCCGUGGAUCUGAUCACACAAUGUCGGGACGCAGAGGGAUCGACAAACACGGUAGCGAAGGAGAGCGCACAGAUACACAAAAUUCUUACCAAGAUGGAAGAAAAUCUUUCGAUGGAAGAAUAUAACAAAGCUGAGAAAUUAAUUUUGGAAUUUAUGGACAUUAUGCCCUGUGACGAGGAUGAUUGCGGGAGGACAAACCUUGUACAACACCGUAUUGAUACGGGAAGUGCCAGACCCAUUCGACAACCACCACGUCGUCUACCGUUGGCUAAACAGCAAGAGGCCAUCGAUAUGCUCGAACGCAUGAAACAACAAGGGGUCAUCGAGCCAUCCAACAGCCCGUGGUGUUCACCGGUUGUAUUGGUUAAAAAAGAAAGAUGGGACUUUACGGUUUUGUGUUGA